AACUGUUUUUAAAAGAGCUGAAGCCCUGCCAAACGGGGUCUAGCUCAGGCUACCUCGUUGCUCGUCGGCAGCUAGGCUCCUGUGGACGCAUCGGGCGGCGCCCCGCCAUGGCAUGUCACUGUUUGGCCGGCCGGCCGCCUGCCGUUCCAUCUCCCCAUGCAUUCGAAACUCCGAGAGAAACGGCGGCCGAGCCGCGUGCGCUCCUCCGUCUUCUCAACACGACCCCCUCUCUCUAGGAGCACUACUAGCAGUACCUGUAACGAAUAUGGCCCCAAUUAAAAUUAUUUCGAGUGAUUGUGGUAAUCAAAUGACAACACAAUCAAUAAAACUAAUGUGUCUGUCAAGUAUAUUUCAUCAGGUCCAAAAAUGAAGUAACAAGCUCUAGCAAAGCAAAACAUGAAAAAAGAACUCAAAAGAAUGUUGAAUUGGACAAGUUCUGCAAAAACAAUGUGAACGAAUAAUCCGACACCCUUGUAGUCGGACUAUCCGACUAAUACAGCCGGACUAUUCGACGCGUGGAAUCAAGAGGCGUCGGAUCAAUUCUGACAGGCUCAAGACUCAAGCCGAAGAAAUUCCAUGUGCAACUGGAUGAUCCGACGCUAGCAAAAGGAGGUGUCGGACUAAGGCUCGGAGCAUCCUUCAGAGUGUCUGUUUGCCAGAGCCUGAAAUAUCCUUCAGGGUCGAAUGAUCUGAGGUGUGGAUUCUAAGCGUCGGACUAAUGCUCGGACGAUUCUUCAGAGAGAGUGUUUUCUCAGGAUGGAAAAUAUCCUUCACGACCGGAUAGUCCGACGCUAUCUAUUUGGACCGUCGGACUAAUGGUCGGCGCAAUGAUCAUAGACGUUGCAUUUGAAUUCAAAAUCAGUCUACUGCACCGGAUGAUCCCACGCUGCAUAGCAGGAAAGUCGGACUAAGGCGUCGGACAAAUGAUAUCAGCAAAAGUUACAAAUGGUAAAGACUACUGUGGAGAUAGCAGUGGGGUCGGAUGAUCCGACGCCCCUGGUUAGGUACCGUCGGAUUAUCCGACGCCCUACGCAGGAAAAAGUUCAACAGCUCUAAAACGGCUAGUUCGCUUGGAGGGCUAUAUAUAUGGGUUCCCCUGGUCAUUUGAAGAUGGCUGAGUUCAGAGAAGACCCACAUAUAUCCAAGAACAUCUCCAAGCCAUCCUAGAGCUCAAGUGUUCAAAUCCUUAGUUCUUAGCACACAAUUGAGAGAGGUAGUGCUAGGUUGGCUCCUUAGUGAGUGAAAAGCAAGGUUGUGUAAAUUGUGAGCUGGUUCUUGAGUGAACCAAAGUGUAUCUCGGUGAGCCGGUCAUUCUUGGAGUCUUGGUUACACGUCAGUACGUCAACUACCCUCCAGCUUGGUGUGGAGCGGCGUUGACAAGCUUUGUGCGGGGGACGUGGAGACCCCCUUCUUUGGUGGAGAAGCUCCUUAGUGGAACCCAGGAUCAAGGUGACCGUGGACUCGGUGUCCUCGUAAAAGACUUGAUUGCCGAGAAACAAUACUCUUUGUGAGUGCUUCAACAACGUGGAUGUAGGUGUGCCUUUGUGGCUAACCGAACCACAUGAUAAAUCCUCGUGUCACAAGAGUUUGUGUUCUCUUAUUUCUCUUUAAGCUUCCGCAUUUACUUUUUGCAAUCCUUGUAUGUCUUUACUUUCAUAGAAUAGUAUUUUGAUAGGAUUGGCUCUAGGUUGCAUAACUCUUUUAGGAUCAGGAUUUCACACUAGAUAAAUCUUAGUGCACAUCUAGAUAACUUGAUAUAGUUUACAUUUUGUGCAAAUUAGUUGGAGCUUGAGAUUAAAAUUUUUAGUUUGUCUAAUUUACCCCCUCUCAUUUUUAAACUACGAUCACCCGAUUCCUUUAGUACCAAAUGCAAGUACGCGACGCAGCAAAAGAGUGGGCAGUUAGAACCAAAAACACACAGCCAGAGUAGUAGUGCGCGAUCAGAUCGGUGACGACGACCAACAAGCGCGCGGUUCUCUCCCGGCGGGGCUCGAGCGAGCUGUUCAGCCUGCGGGUUGCCGCCGCACGCCAUGGGGGUGCCUUCCUUCUACAGGUGGCUCGUGGGCAAGUACCCCAGCAUCGUUUUCCCCGCGAAGGAGGACGAGUGGACGACGGCGCCGGGGGAUGCCGGCGGCGGACCCAAUGGCGUCUACCAUAACAUGUACCUCGACAUGAACGGCAUCAUCCACCCCUGCUUCCACACGCAUCUCCAUAUCCAAUCCGUGUACCCACCGACGACGUUCGACGAGGUGUUCCAGGCCAUGUUCGAGUACUUGGAUCGCCUCUUCCGCAUCGUCAGGCCUACCAAGCUGCUCUACUUGGCAGUAGAUGGCGUUGCUUCCCGCGCCAAAAUGCACCAGCAGAGGUCCAGGCGCUUCAAGGCUGCCAAGGACGCCAAAGAUGCGGAAGUGGAGGAAAAACUUCUGAGAGAGAAAUUCAGAGCUGAAGGGAAGGAGGUGCAACCGCGACAGACAAAUGAGCUUUCAGAUCCUAAUGUCAUUACGCCAGGGACCGAGUUCAUGGAGAAACUCUCCAUGGCGCUCGAGUACUACAUCCGUGCCCGGCUGAAUUAUGACCAAGCGUGGAAAGGCAUCAAGGUAAUACUAUCUGAUGCAAAUGUACCUGGAGGAGGUGAGCACAAGAUAAUGUCUUUCAUCCGGGCACAACGCACCAGGGAGAACUAUGAUCCAAAUACACAUCACUGCUUGUAUGGAUUGGAUGCAGACCUGAUAAUGCUCGCUUUGGCAUCUCACGAGCUUCACUUUUCAAUUUUGCGUGAGGUCUGUUAUUCUAUUUGCGAUGUUAUCAAAUGCAGUUGCAGAAUUUCGUAAUUACUGGAUUCAAAAUACUCCUUUUGUUAAUUUGAGCAGGAUGUGUUACAACAAAAUCAACCAGAAAACUGUAUCACUCUAGCUAAAGAAUUGUUCAAAACUGAAGAGCUAAAAAAAUGUAGAGGCUGGUUCCCC